UUUGCCGCGAGUUCCGUGUUUGUAUUUCCGUUGGCGUUUUCAAACUUAACAUUAAUUUUUUUUCCUCCUUUAUUAAUCCCGAACAAUUGUUUUUGUCUUCCUGACUUGUGCCUGUAGCUCGUUAACCGACUACCACUAGUGUAGAUUACACACUUUAUCUUAACUCUAUUCGCUAUUAUAAGCACUAUGUCGGUUGUGCACAGGUGAGGACUCGGUGGAGUUUGAGCUGGAGGCUGUGGAGAAACAGAUCCGCGACCUAAAUGCAAAGCAUGCCCAGCUAUGAGAGCGGAAAGCGGCGCUGGAAACAUCCCGGGCGGACGCUCACUAGUCCCAGGGGAUGGAGGUGGACUAUCAGCCUGAGGAUCUGCCCAUGUCCUCAUAUGAUGAGCGCAGUAUUGAGCACGGUGUGAAAGACAUGCGGCUGGAGGCUGAAGCCAUAGUCAGCGACGUCCAUUUUGCAGUGAGCAACAUGUUCGUGUCCAAAACUCUCACCAACGGCCUGGAUCUGGCUUUCAUCAACGUGGAGACCAGAGAAGGGAAGCGCUACUGCUUAGAGCUCAGUGAAGCAGGACUCAGGGUAGUGGGACACACCUUUGACCAGGUGGAUGCAGGCCUAAGCACUCAGUAUCAUGAGACUGUUUACUCGCUCCUGGACUCUCUCAGCCCGGGUUACAGAGAAGCCUUCGGAAACGCCCUGCUCCAGCGACUCGAGAGGCUCAAACAAAACGGACAGUGACAAGAUCAGGCAGGACCCAGGAGUUGCUUCUUCGCAAACUUGUGGUUAUGCUGAAGUUCUGUGCAACGAGUCAGUAUAAAGCAUCCGUGGCAAACAUCCAAACCAGAAAAUACUCACCAGCUUCUUUUUAGUUCUGCCCUCGAUUUUAUAAAAAGACUUCUCGCUCAGAUUCUUGUCAGCUUCACAGUUUGUGGCAACGUUUUUAUUGUGGUAUUAUAGUAAUGGCAAAAACAGAGUGCGCUGUACAGUUUGGCGGAAGAGUCAACAAAAUAAUGAAAAAUACUUUUGCACAUGAUCAACGAAUAACAAAAUGUAUCACUUGGUCAGUCAAUAAUGUGACUAGAAACAAAAACGCCAGCUUUGGGGCCGUUUUACCAUUUAAAGCUUUACUAUUUUGAUGAAACUGGACCUGCUGCUUGUGUUUUUUUUAUAAAACCGAAUGAUUUCUAUGAUGCCUUAUUGUGAUGGUCUGAAACGUUCUGUCCAACUUGCUUCCAAUAUACUUUGAGUUUGGACACGAGACUCAUCCUGUGCGUCUGUUUUCCUUUCUCUUUGCAGUAUUCGCUUUAAACAAUGGAUUUUCUUUGGGCUUUAUUUGUUGCUUGCCAUCAUUUGGGGUAUAUUGGAAAAGGUAUUGCUUUGUGCAAACACGGAAUAUCUUACUUUGUGCUAUUUAAUUAAAGGAAAGUCUUUUAGCGCUAAAAGACAUAUUGAAGAUAAAAGGUCUACUUGAAUGUGAGUUGAACACAAUGUCCUGUCUGUUUUGCAGAAAUUCACAGCAAACGAAGCAGGAGUCAUUUUACAUGGCAUUUGAAUGGUUACUUAAAAGUAGGGAGCAGUUCUUUAGUUUUUCCAUUCAUAGAGUGAAGGAACAGCACCGUGUUGCUACGAGGCCAUCAGCCGAAGAAUUUUCCUCAUGUUUGUAUGAGCAUGUUGAAAUCCAAACCAGUUUUUAGUAGAUUUAGGCUUUCAUGUCACUGCUUUGUGGAAAUAAGGCCCAUCAGGAUUGCACUAAAUCAGAACCUCAAACACAAUGAAGUGUGGAAUGUUGGGAGUUUAUUAUAAAAUACAAAAGACCUCCCUUAAAAAUAAUGUGUCCAAGGACUGGACUGGCAGAAAUGAUUUAAUAAAAGCACACAUUACUUUGA